AUGGACGGAUCGCCGGCCCCGGCUGAACAGCGUUCUUCGCCUGCGUCACUGUCCACGUCGCUCGAGCAAGUAGUCGCCGACUUAACACCCAUCCUCCGAUCCAUACAAGAGAUAAUCGACCGCCGGCCGUUUGAUAUCGAUUGCGUCGUGAGGUCGACAGAAUGUACCUUGACCCUCCGUCACUCGUUAAUUGAUACCGCCAAGCCCCGCGAAGCAAAAGACGCUUUCCGGAAUCUGGGAGGCUUCCAGACAUUGCUAAGCCUGAUUCGCCAAUUGGCAGAGCUAUACAAUCCAAGGAAGCUGUCGAAUGAAGAUAGGAAAAACCUUUUGACGCUUUGGAAAGACGUGCUGGCUGUGCUGUCGGAGUGUUUACGAGACCACACUGGGAAUAGACGCUAUUUUGCCAAGAAGAUUGUGUGUGACAGGGCAUGGUCUGUCGAGGAGUCACUGAGACUGUUCGUUGAAAACACUGAUGGAGAGCACUUGCCUGACAAUGAUGUCGACCAAUUGUAUGGCGGGCUGCUUGCUGCUGCUCUGUGCCAGGAAAGUACCGCCGGGAUUUUCACUGCCUUGAGGACCAAAUAUGUGUCAGGUCGACCUGAACCAACUGCUUCAAGCAUCCGCCUAGAUCUUGAAAAGGCACUCAGCUCUACGGAAACGGUUGAAUUGCAUGAGUUUAUAGGCCCACUCUUACGCACGUGGCUCCUUCAGAAACCCCAUUCUGCCCAGUAUUCCAGUCAGAGACUGGCCAUCCCAGCAUGCCUUUGCAAAUUAGCCUCUAACUCACAACGGAAUGUCAUUGCUAUCCAUUCAACAGGCAUUUUGUCGUCGAUUGUACGAUUCAUUUUUAGCAAUGAUUUGUCCGAUGAUGAAAAAACACUGUAUCAAGAACUAGGACAUCUGCUCUGCACGGAAGGCUUGCCGAAUCUCGAUGAUGUUAUAUAUCUCUAUAGAAAAGCAUGCGGCUCUAUUGAAGCUUCCAACUUUCUUCUUCGCGCCAUGCAGUCUUCCAAGGGCCCGCCCUGUAUUCAGUUCGACAUGACUUCCCAUGGUUAUUCAUCGAUCGAGCUACCAACUCUAGGCCGGCCAUUUCCCCCAGUAUCUUCCUCCGGGUACACACUUUCGAUAUGGGCCCGGUUCGACCAUUUCGACCCGCAGUCACAUACCACAAUAUUCGGUGCCUUCGAUUCUAGACAAGCUUGUUUCGUGCUAGCUUAUUUAGAAAAAGAUACACGCCACUUUAUCCUACAAACCUCCAUCAAUGGACCACGACCUAGUGUCCGCUUCAAGUCAAUUGCCUUCAAACAAGGCCAGUGGUAUCACAUAUGUGUCAUUCAUCGAAGGGCUCGUGCAACGGCUCCAUCACGAGCCUCGCUUUUCGUUAAUGGCGAGUUUGUUGAGCAACUGAAGAUCGAUUAUCCAACCGUGCCCGUUACACGACCGACGGCAAAGUAUCCCCGAGUCCAGGCGUUUUUGGGCACUCCCCAAGACCUGGCUGUCAGGAUAGGAAAGGGAGUGUGCUCGACGAAAUGGUCUGUUGCCAAUGCGAUUCUUUCCGAAGAGACCUUCAGCGACGACCUCAUCUCGGUUUUCUAUCAUCUUGGACCAAGGUAUCAUGGUAACUACCAAGAUUGUCUAGGAUCGUUCCAAACGUAUAAAGCAUCUGCAGCGCUCAACUUGCGGAAUGAGAGCCUUCAUCCUGGAAAAGAGGAGCAAUCCGACAUUGUAACGGCGAUUCGACAAAAGGCUAGCACUCUUGUUCAUGAGUCUGCUUUUUUACUCAAUAUAUCGCCUACUACGGUUCUAGACGACGAUGAUAGUAACAAUGUCGACGAAUCACAGCUCGUCAAAUCAUUGUCAAGGCAAGCCGCAAAAAGUUUGCAUCAGGCUAUUAACGCAGGGGGCAAUGCUAUUGCGAUCAACGGGGCUAUACCGGCGAUAAACGAUGCCCUUACAAGUUCAAGCGGAAUGGCGAUACUUGCUGGCGAUCCUGUCGUCUCUGUGCCCCAAUCCUUGGACGAUGCUAGCUGGAGAAUUGGCGGCUGCGCAAUCGUGAAUUUGAAUAUGCUUCAUGCUGCUAAAUGUCCGGAAAGCACAAUACUCGCAGUCGAGAUUUUAUUUGAGGCCAUUGAGGGAAAUUGGAGAAACAGUGAAGCCAUGGAGAGAGACAAUGGUUAUGGUAUACUCGCAUUAUUGCUUCGCGAGAAAUUAGGAUUCCCACAAAUACCCCAAUCUGGCGGAUCAAAAACGUCGACGGUGUGUUCGGACAAUCGAGAGAGGUCAUCGCUAGCGAUUGAACUCCUUCGUCAAAUCCUAUCUUUUGUUGGCUACAAAUUCGAAGAUCCAGCUAAAUCUAUCAUUACGAAUCCACUGGCGUAUCGCGUCCUAUUAGUGGACCUGGAUAUAUGGCGUUAUGGAGAGCCUUCUCUGCUCCAGAUGUAUUACUCUCAAUUCAGCACCUUUGCUACAGAAAGUCAAUUUCACCGCUUCAAUGCGAAACGGUUAUCCCGCAUGCGGGUGAAUAAAAGGUUCUUAGAUGCUUUGAAAGGUGAAGAUUUCACCGAAGAGACCUUGAGUCUAUUCAUACCAGCCUUCCGGUCUUUGUUCGAAAGCUGUGUAUCUGCAGAGUUGCUACGAUCACUGUCUCUUUACAUCACCUUCGCCCUACAUGAGGAGAAGGUACCAAGCCUUCAUAAAAAGAAGAGCAUGCGCUUCAAUACCCGUGCUCGCCAACUUUCUUCCGCGUCAGAUUCAAGUCCGAAGAAAGCAAUGCCGAAGAAACAGAUUGGCCUAGAACUCCUCCGCAUGUACACCGAAUAUCUCUGCACACCAAGUGACUUUAUCAAUAUAAAAAGAUUUGCASGAGCCGUAACAAAUAAAUGGCUUCUCUAUCUGAUGUGUGAAGACACACCAGAAGCAGUAACAAUGGCAACUAAGAUCCUCGCACGACUUAUAGUUGUCCAUGGUGGGAGCUAUAGUAAGAAGCUUGCCGACAAAACGGGUGGAUAUGUUAUUAUGAAAAAUCGACUCAAGAGAUGGUGGAACGUUUUCGCGCUAUGGCCCACUUGCUUUUCUAUUCUUUUUGGCCUCGAUGUGGCAGAAGUAGAUAUCGAUGACUUGACAGACCUAUCAUCGCUGCUAGACGUGCUCGUUUACAAGAAACGGCUUGAUGUUGCUUUCCCCGAAGUACUUCCAGUUAUCGCUGAGAUGCUGAAAAACGGCCUAGAAGACUCAAUGUUUGACAACGCGCUAACGAAAGAUCGGGCAGUGAUGAGCCGGAGUGUUACGCCUCUGCCAGUGCUACGCACAUCAAGAGCCAUCCCCUCAGAGUCUACAUCGGAGGCCCAAGGAUCUUUGCGGCGCUCUUCCUCUUUUGUUCUCAUAUCAUCAGACAAAUCACACUAUGCGGCUUCGUCAGCACAUCUUCACCGAGCUUCUAUUGGAAGCAUUGACAAAGACGUCUCUUAUGAGAACGAUAAAUUGGUUUUGGAAACACGAUCUGUCAUUCUCAAGAUCUUCGUCUCUCAUGUCAUAGAUCGCAAAGACUUCACUGGCCUCGGCUUGUUCUUGAAAACACCUCCGAGCAACCUAGAACAUCAGGCGUAUUUUCUGUCCUGGCUUCUUCGGGGAACCAUUACAGAAUUACAAGCCACACUCUCGGCCAACGAGAAGUUAUUACAAGAGCCACGUAUUCUGACAAACUUUUCGCGGUUUUUAACCCACGUGGGAGAAUCCUUGUUUGAGGGUUGGUUUUUGAACGGCAGCAGUCAAACGCUAGAUCUCGCCGGCUUCGUACUUGAAUAUCUUUCUCGCCCCGAGAUAGCUUCAUUGAAGAUUAUUCGCCUCUGCAACCAAGCUAUCACUACCAUACGAUCCGUGCUGUUCAAGAUCAUCCUAUUGGAAUUGUCGGAGCAAGACGAUAAUGACUCGCUGAAUUUCCUGAACCGCCUCGGUUAUUGGCAAACCAUUAUUCUCGCUACGGGUGAAUCUGAAGCUGAAUACCUCAAACUAUUCUUUUACCAACUUUAUAUCAAAUCGGUCUCCGAGAAAAACGAGGUUCGCUUAGCUGCUGCCACCUUGUGGCGGAUUAUUCUCGUUCAAAAGCCCACGGAAAUGGCAUCCAUACUCAGCCAUGCUCCGCUCUCUCUACAACGCCGAUUGACUGGUGGAUUCGAAGAAUUGGCCAGUAUGGAUGACGCGGCUUUCUUGAAUUGGAUCGAUGAUCAGCGUGAGGACUUGGAUGCGUUCUUCUUCGGCAGUCUUUCCAAGUUUUGGGACACUUUUGUUCAAGAAGAAAACAACAGGACUCAAGAAUCGAGUCGCAAUCGCGUAGGCAAGCGGAAAGACAGGCUGAAACAAUGGCUUCACGAGGAGAACUUCGCCGAAGAUAUUACUCGCAAACACAAUACUACGUUUGAUCAUUGGACUUCUAACAUAUUCGCAUCAGAAUUUUUGAAGCACCAAAGGCUUCUACAAGAUCAGCAUGACAACUAUACAUUUAUGUGGUCGCUUUUCUCCCGUCUUUCUGAAGACUUGUAUCGCUUCGGCGGUGUUUUAGAAAAGAAAGGCGAGAAACGGUGGCGUCUUGAUCAGACCGAAGGACGUAGUCGAAUGAGACUUCGCGUUAUUCCUGAUGAUUCGGACGAUCGACAGGACUAUCAGCCGAAGCGAAAGGCCUCUGAACCACCGGUAAUGAAAAUCACUACCCAGCUACAACAAACGACAAUUUCGGAGCCACUGGGCAAUGCUCCUACUACGUCCGUCUUCGUUGGAGGAACCGGGGACGCCGAAGGUGAUGGCGAAGGUGACGGUGACGGUGACGGUGACGAUAAAUCUGCUCUUGAAGAAAGCUUUGAAAUGGUCGAUGACCCUAGGGUGGAUAUUGAUGAGUACGAGGACAAGAAUAGAAAAGUAUUGCGAAGUCUUCAGCGGGGUGAUCAAGUCCAGAGCGUCUGCAACAUGUCCUGCAUCAUCGGGCUAGAGGCAUGCGAAGGUCUCUUGAUCAUUGGCAAAAACGCGAUAUAUAUCUUAGACAAUUAUUUCCAGCGUGCCGACGGGGAAAUCGUCAAUGUCUGGCAAGCUCCCAUCGAAGAAAGGGAUCCAUUUGUGCGCAUGAUCUCCGGACGCGAGUCUAAUGAACGAAAAUCUCGCGAACACGAAGUGAGGAGCUGGAAGUGGCAAGAUCUUAUCAGUGUUUCUAAGCGACGCUUUCUAUUUCGAGAUGUUGCUCUCGAAAUGUUCUUCACUGACGGCCGUAGCUAUUUGUUGACCUUGAUAUCAUCUAGAGCAAGAGACGAGCUGUAUAGCCAGCUUUGUGCACAUGCCCCACAAUUUGGUGGAAAUAUGAACCUGACUCGACCAGAGGAUAUUUGGAGAUUCGAGAUGUUGAGAGUACAGGAUGAUGCACCACAGUCUUUGGGGUCGAAAUUCGCCAGCGUCUUUGGGCAAGCUUCCUUGAACCCGGCCACUCGCAAGUGGCUCAAGGGGGAGAUGUCAAACUUCCACUACCUGAUGCUUAUUAAUACUUUGGCCGGCCGAACUUUCAAUGACCUGACUCAAUACCCAGUCUUUCCAUGGGUCCUUGCUGAUUAUACAAGUAACGAGUUGGAUCUGGACAACAUCAAGAGUUUCCGUGACUUGUCAAAGCCAAUGGGUUGCCAAACGCCUACACGCGAGGCAGAGUUUCGCGAGCGGUACAAGUCUUUUGCGGAGAUGGGUGACGAAAACGCCCCUGCCUUUCAUUAUGGAACUCAUUAUUCUUCUGCAAUGAUCGUCAGCUCAUAUCUAAUUCGACUACAGCCAUUUGUCAAGUCCUAUCUGCUGUUACAAGGCGGCACAUUCGAUCAUGCAGAUCGGCUCUUUUACUCGAUUGGCAAAGCGUGGGAAUCUGCUUCACGAGGGAACCUGUCAGAUGUCCGUGAACUCACUCCGGAAUUCUUCUAUCUCCCUGAAUUUUUGGUGAACACCAACAAAUAUGACUUUGGGCUUCGACAAAACGUAACCAAGGCUAUUGACUCGGUGGAGCUGCCUCCGUGGGCAAAAGGCGAUCCCAAGAUCUUUAUCGCCAAACAUCGAGAAGCGCUAGAAAGUCCUUACGUGACGGAACAUCUUCACGAAUGGAUCGACCUUGUGUUUGGCUUCAAGCAGAAGGGAGAGGCCGCCAUCGAGGCCGCUAAUGUCUUUCAUCAUCUUUCUUAUCAAGGUGCAAGAGAUCUGGACAAUAUUGAGGAUCCGGUAGAACGACUAGCCACAAUUGGAAUCAUUCACAAUUUCGGACAGACUCCCCAUCAGGUCUUUCAACGACCUCAUCCUCGUCGAGAUGACCCUAGUCGGAGAGAGGGCCGUCUUGACAUGCUGGCCGAGUCGUUGACGAGAGUGCCUCUUUCUCUUCUAGAUAUCCAAGAACGAGUGUCGUCUUUAUCGAUGAAAAACGAACGUUUGUUGUGUAGUCCCGCCUUUCGACUGAAUGUACCUCCGAACUUUGACAAGUUUCUAGAGUGGGGAUAUUCAGAUGGCAGUGUUCGGUUCUAUGCCGCUGAUAGUAAAAAGAUUCUAGGCCACUUUGAGCAUUUACAUGUCGGACAGCUGUCGUGCGUCCUUUUUGCAGACUCGCAGACUUUGAUCACAGCAGGUUGCGACUGCACUGUGUCUAUAUGGCUAUUCGGUACGAACAGCAAGAUGAUGGAAUUACAACCGCUAGCUUGUCUUUACGGACAUCGAACCUCUGUAUCUGUACUAGCUACAUCCAGGUCGUUCAGCACUCUUCUAUCAGCAUCUCCGGACGGUCAGGUCAUAUUGUGGGAUUUGAAUAGGCGAUGUUUUGUGCGAGAGCUUCCUGCCGAAGGACCAGUAGAGUGUGCUCGAAUCAACGAUAGAACCGGAACCGUCAUGAUCUGCCGAGGAGGCCGCAUUACCUUGUACUCGUUGAACGGUGCUCUUCUUGUGGAUCAAGUGAUAUGUGAGGGUGAAGAUGACUAUAUCAUUUCAUGUGCCUUUUAUGAAGGAGAAAGCAAUGAGUGGCUGGAGAGAGAACUUCUCUUUACAGGUCAUAAGAAAGGCGUGGUCAAUGUUUGGAGUAAGGUUAUAAAGAACGGUCGAUUUGACUUGGAAUUGAUCCGUCAGCUCCACCACGUGGAUCAGAAUAAAGAUUCCGGGGUUAACGUCUCUGCUGGGAUUAGCUGCAUUCUGCCGCUGCCACACAGCGUAUAUACAGGGGAUGAAGCUGGACGCGUUUAUGAGUGGGAUUGCAUCCAACGACGCUCGUGA